AUGGCCCCUUCUGCAACCGAUACUCUAGAGGGCGUGGAUCCCACCAUCCUCACUCUUCGCAAAGUCCUCACUUCCGAAUCGGAGCCGCUCGCUCGCCGAUUCCGUGCCUUGUUCUCCUUGAAGCACCUUGCGUGCCUGCAGCCGCCUACUGAGAAGACACUGCCCGCAAUUCAGGCUAUUGCUGCUGCCUUUACUUCACCAUCCGCCUUGCUGAAACAUGAACUUGCAUAUUGCUUGGGCCAGACCCGCAAUCCAGAGUCUGUGCCGUUCCUACAGCAAGUCGCGAAGGACACGGAGCAAGAUACGAUGUGCCGUCAUGAAGCCGCAGAGGCUCUGGGCGCCUUGGGUUACGAAGACAGCUUGGAGAUCUUGAAGGCUCUUAGAGACAAUCAGAAUGAGUCCGAUGUUAUCAGAGAGACCUGCGAUAUUGCAGUGGACAGGAUUCUGUGGGAAAAUUCAGAGGCAAGGAAAGCUGAGAAAUUAAAGACAAGUGACUUUACCUCGAUCGACCCCGCUCCACCACUACCCAUGGCGGCCAGUGAACCUUCCAUUCCCGAAAUAGAGAAGACUCUACUCGACACAAGUCUACCAUUGUUUCAGAGAUACCGUGCGAUGUUCGCCUUGCGCGACCUUGCUUCUCCUCCCGAUCUUCCCACAGCGACUCGCGCUGUUGAGGCGCUGGCCAAGGGCCUCAAAGAUCCGUCUGCACUUUUCCGUCAUGAGAUUGCGUUUGUCUUUGGACAACUUUGCCACCCUGCGUCAAUUCCAAGCCUUACUGAAGCGCUUAGCAACCAAAGCGAGGCCGGUAUGGUGCGACACGAAGCGGCCGAGGCGUUGGGAAGCUUGGGCGACUGUGAGGGUGUCGAGGAGACGCUAAGAAAAUUCUUGAACGACCCGGAGCAGGUGGUAAGAGACAGUGUCAUUGUGGCUCUCGAUAUGGCGGAGUAUGAAAAGAAUGGUGAAGUUGAAUAUGCUUUGGUGCCUGAUGCUGGCGUUGCUGCUGCUUGA